GCAUUCUGGGAAGCGUAGUUCCGCCCUCUCUUGCCCCUUUUAUGUUUCAGUCACGUACGACUCUCAUUCCCAGGGUUCCGCUGCUCUGGCGUGAUGCAUUCUGGGAUAUGUAGUUUUGUCUCUGCUUUUGUGUUUUGUGUCUGUUGUCGAUUGGACCCGCUUUCCCGGCAUGCAGCGGUUCAGGCCGAGCUAGAGCCUGCGCCUGUCGCGUCCUGCGGGCUGGGAGCUUGUGAGUGUUGUGAGGCGGUGAGAGCGGGAGAGAGACGCCCGGGAGCGGAACUUGUGUGGGGAACCCGGAGAGGGACCCGGAGAGGAGCCCGGAGAGACUGGCGGCGGGAGGGGCGCUGUUUCGGGCUGUGGCCCCUCGGUACCAGGAAACUCCCGAUUGCCCCCGCCAUGCUGAAGUGCAUCCCCCUGUGGCGCUGCAAUCGCCAUGUGGAGUCGGUGGAUAAGCGCCAUUGCUCGCUGCAGGCGGUGCCCGAGGAGAUUUAUCGCUACAGUCGCAGCCUGGAGGAGCUGCUAUUGGAUGCCAACCAGCUGCGUGAGCUGCCCAAGCCUUUCUUUCGCCUUCUCAAUUUGAGGAAACUGGGCCUGAGUGACAAUGAGAUCCAGCGCCUGCCCCCGGAGGUGGCCAACUUCAUGCAACUGGUGGAGCUGGACAUUUCCCGCAAUGACAUCCCCGAGAUCCCUGAGAGCAUCAAGUUCUGCAAAUCCCUGGAGAUCGCUGAUUUCAGUGGGAACCCCCUGUCCAGGCUGCCCGAUGGCUUCACCCAGCUCCGGAGCCUGGCACACCUUGCCCUCAAUGACGUGUCCCUGCAGAGCCUGCCCAGCGAUAUCGGAAAUUUAUCUAACUUGGUCACAUUGGAACUACGGGAAAACGUCCUGAAAUCAGUGCCCAUGUCCCUCUCAUUCCUCGUUAAACUGGAGCAGUUGGAUCUGGGAAGCAACGACCUGCAGGUUCUGCCUGACACACUGGGUGCCCUACCCAAUCUGCGGGAGCUGUGGCUGGACCGGAACCAGCUCUCUUCCUUACCCUCGGAGCUGGGGAACCUGCGGCGCUUGGUGUGCCUGGACGUGUCGGAGAACAAGCUGGAGCAGCUGCCGGCAGAGAUCAGUGGCCUGAUGUCCCUAACGGACCUGCUGCUCUCACAGAACCAGCUCAGCUCCCUGCCCUCCAGCCUUGGUCAGCUCAAGCAGCUGUCUAUCCUCAAGGUGGAUCAGAACCGUCUGACACAGUUAACGGAGUCUAUUGGCGACUGUGAGAAUCUGAGUGAGAUCAUCCUGACCGAGAACCUGCUAACGGUGCUGCCCAAAUCCAUGGGGAAUCUCACCAAACUGACCAAUCUCAAUGUUGAUCGGAACCGGCUGCUCUCCCUUCCCAGUGAAAUUGGGGGCUGCGCCAGUCUCAAUGUUUUGUCGCUCAGAGAUAACCAGCUCAGCGCUCUGCCCCCCGAACUCGCCGGCGCCACCGAGCUGCACGUGCUGGAUGUGGCGGGUAACAGGUUGUUAAAUCUCCCAUUUGCCCUGACCAACCUUAACCUGAAAGCUCUGUGGUUGGCCGAGAACCAGUCCCAGCCUAUGCUCAAAUUCCAAACGGAGGAUGAUGAGAAAACUGGAUCCAAGGUGCUAACGUGCUACCUCCUGCCCCAGCAGCCCUCCCCUAGCCUGGAAAACCUGCAGAACAGUGUGGAUGACAGCUGGACAGACGGGAACCUCAAUCGGGUCAGUGUCAUACAGUUCCAGGAAGACCCUAAAACUGAAGAAGAGGAUGACGAAGCUGCUGAAGAAAGAAGGGGCCUGCAGCGCAGAGCUACCCCACACCCCAGUGAGCUGAAGGUCAUGAAGAAAGUGAUGGAGGGGCUCAGGGGUGACGGUAACACCUCCAAAGAGGAGGCCACAUGCGCCAGCGAUGAGGAGAAGCGGCUCAGUGGCCUCUCCAGUCAGAGCGCCGAGUCCCAGCGCAGCGGCAGCACCGUGUCUGUUGGGUUCCAGGAGGAGCUGCAGAACAGGGAUCCAGAAAAGCUGCCAAACCCAGUGCUGGAGGAAGGGGCGGCAGUGGGGGAUGACGACAUGGAGGUGUGGUAUACUGAGCCCACAGUGCACUUUGCGGACAAGACGACUGUUCUCUGUGAUGAUGACUAUGAGGAGUACGAUGAAGAUCGGGUCUCCCCGGUGGAGCGGCGGCUGAUCCGUAAGGACACGCCCCAUUACAAGAAGCAUGCGAAGAUCACAAAGCUGCCCAAUGAUGAGGUGGUGGAGGCCCUCCUGCAUGGCUUCAGCCCCAGAAGUCUCUCAGAGGAGGAGGAGGAGGAAGGGGAGAAUAAUGGGCCCAUCCCAAGGUUCUCGCUGCCCAAUGAAGAGCAAGAUGAUGUGGUGGCGCCGGACAAAGAGUGGGAACCUGCAGGGAGCAGAGACGAGCGGUCGAACUCCCAGCAGAACAUCAAGGGGGUGUCGUUUGAUCAAGUGAAUAAUCUUCUGAUUGAGCCUGCUCGGAUAGAGGAGGAAGAGCUCACUCUCGCCAUCCUGCGCCAAACUGGGGGUCUGGGAAUCAGCAUCGCAGGGGGCAAAGGCUCUACUCCCUACAAGGGCGAUGAUGAGGGCAUUUUCAUAUCUCGAGUGGCAGAGGAGGGGCCUGCGGCCCGUGCAGGGGUGCGAGUUGGGGAUAAGCUGCUGGAGGUGAAUGGGGUAGAUCUGCACAAUGCGGAACACCACACAGCAGUGGAGGCACUGAGGAAUUCUGGGAGCUCCGUCUCUAUGACUGUGCUGCGAGAGCGCAUGGUGGAGCCGGAAAAUCCUAUCACGGUGACCCCCCUGCGCCCAGAGGAUGAUUACAACCCACGGGAACGGCGCAGUGUUGUCCGCUAUCCAGAGGAAAAGGAGGAGGAUCUGCAGAGCCCGUGCCAACGUAUCACCACCUGCCUGGCACGCAAUGACAAAGGCUUGGGGUUCAGCAUUGCUGGGGGAGUAGGCAGCACCCCCUAUCGGGCAGGGGAAACUGGUAUCUUCAUCUCCAGAAUUGCAGAAGGCGGAGCUGCUCACCGGGACGGGACUCUGCGAGUAGGAGACAGGGUGAUCUCUAUCAACGGGGUAGAUAUGACAGAAGCCAGACAUGAUCAGGCAGUAGCGCUGCUUACCAGCACCUGCCCCACCAUCACCCUGCUACUGGAGAGAGAGCCCCCCCAGCCAGGAGGCAGCACAGACCCAGGGGCGUCGCCUUCUCUGCACAGGGCCCGCCCACGCUCACCUCCACCCCCCACCGACAGCGAGAAUGGUGAAGGCGAGGAAGGGGGUGCUCCUCUGAGUAAUCACUCCAGCCAGAAGAUGGAGGAUGAGUUCCCCAUAGAGGAAAUUGUGUUGGUGAAAUCUGGGGGGCCUUUGGGGCUCAGUAUUGUGGGGGGCAGUGACCACUCCAGCCAUCCGUUCGGGAUCCGUGAGCCCGGAGUUUUCAUAUCCAAGGUUAUCCCCCGGGGAUUGGCCGCCCGCAGUAGACUCAGGGUGGGGGAUCGAAUUCUGGAGGCAUCUGGAUUGGAUCUAAGGCAUGUCACUCACCAGGAAGCUGUGAAUGCCCUUCUCUCUAGUGCUCAGGAGCUCCACCUCCUGGUGAGGAGGGACCCGCCCCCCCCAGGCAUGCAGGAGAUCUGCAUUGUGAAGACCCCCGGGGAGAAGCUUGGCAUCAGUAUCCGGGGGGGAGCCCGGGGCCACCCAGGAAAUCCCUUGGAUCCCACCGACGAAGGCGUCUUUAUCUCCAAGGUCAGUUCCUCAGGGGCGGCGGCACGAGACGGCCGGCUGAAGGUUGGAAUGCGCAUUCUGGAGGUGAAUCAGCAAAGCCUGCUGGGUAUGAGCCACACGGAGGCAGUGCAGGCCCUGAGGGGCGUGGGAGAUACCCUACUGGUACUCGUGUGCGAUGGCUUCGACCCCCUGGCAGUAACCUCUGCUGAGGCAUCACCGGGUAUAAUAGCCAAUCCCUUCGCUGCUGGCAUAGGGAGAAAGAACAGUAUGGAGAGUAUUUCCUCCAUUGACAGAGACAUGAGCCCAGAGGAGAUAGACCGGUUACAGAAGGAGAUGGAGAUGGUGCGGGAGACGACCCAGUGGGAGAGAGAGGACAUGGAGAAAGUGGAGCGGAUGCGCAGGGAGCGAGAGGAGGCCAACAAGCUCCUCGAAGAGGAGACCAAGGCCUAUAGCACGGAGCCUCUGAAGCUGGACUACAAGACCCUGGCAGCACUACCCGCGGGUGGGCAGGCCAAGGUGGCCCGGCUCCCCCUGGGAAUGGAAGCAGCCAGCUCUUGCCCCGUGCCGGUGGCGCUGGUACACCCUGUUCCUGCAGUUGUAGCCAAUGGGCCGACCUUGCACCACCCUGUUCCCCCCGUGGCACCUCCGCCCCCCACCUUGCUGCCUUGCCCUAUGGCUGAGCCCGGGGCCCCUGGCAGUAGCCCAGAGCCAGAGGAGGUGCUAGUGGAUUGUCAGCCCAUCCUGUUCAGUGAGAACCCAUUCAUUGUGGCUAACAAGAAGCGGGCAGGGGCCGGCGGGGCUACCCUGAGUGGGCCUCCUACCGGCUAUGGCAGCGCCGGGCUGUUGAAGACAACUGUCUACUCCAAGAAGACUCCCCCCGAGGACCCCCCCGCUGCAGCAGCCAAGAAGGAAGCUCCGUGUUCCCCCAGUGCGCAGCAGCAACAGGCCGUUCCGCCCCGGUCCGGUCACCUCUCUGGCAGGGAGACCCGGUUUGCCUCGAUUAACUUCCUGACGCAGGCGGAGAGCCGACCGACUCCGCCCUCUCUCAGUGAUGACACCUUCCCCGCCAACGCCAAGCAGGCAUAUAAAACCUACGCGGCCCUCCCCUCUGCCCACCCCAGCCUGGAGCAACAGGACCCUGGCUCUCCUCGGACCCCUGACCAGACCAGCACCAGCGCUGAGUUCUCUCCUGGGGGCUUAGACAGUCCCGAGCAACGCUCCUUCCGAGAGCGCCAGAAGUACUUUGAGAUGGACGUCAAGCAUCAGGCUGAGAAGCUUCCCAAACGUGUGUCUCUGGUGGGGGAGGACGACCUGAGGAAGAUGAGGGAGGAGGAAGCCCGGAAGAUCCAGAUGAAGAGAGAGCAGCUCCUCCGGGAAGAGGGAGAGGCCGGAGACGCCAGCCCCCGUGCCAGGGGCCCCAGCACCCCAACUAGUGUGUUCAUUGAGGGAGUUGAGUACAAGAUUGAGAGAGUGGAUGGAGGCAGCCUCUCCUCUCUCACUGGGUUUUCUCCCUCGGAAUCUCAGCGGAAUUCCCUGGAAGACUCUUUCCGGAUUGAGCAGAGACCCAGCUCUAUGUCAGGGCUGACCCCUGUGUAUCCCGGGGACUCGGCCCCCCCAGUUCGCACAGUAAAGGCGGAGAAGCGGCUGCAGGAUCGGCUGAGAAUGCAGAGCCCCGAGCUCACCGAGCAGGAGAAGCAGCUGUCCCCUGCGGAGCGCAGAGCCCUGCAAGCUGAAAAGCGAGCCAUGUGGAGGGCCGCCAGCAAUAUGGAGGACAGUAUUAAGCAGUAUGAGCUGUCUCUGGCCAGGAAGCUGUACCAGGCCCGACAGAACCGGUCUCAGGUCCCUGAGGAAAGCGACAGGAUGAAGUCGCUGGAGCAGGAUGCGCUGAAGGCUCAGAUGAUGAUCGCCCACUCCAAGGAGAACAGGAAACGCAGCACCCUGGACCAACUGGCCGAAUCCCCUUCCCCGGCACCCACGCCGUCGCCCACACCACUGGAAGAUUACAGCCCCCGCCUACUCACGUCUCCAGGGCGACUGUCUCAUUCAGACAAGAAGUUUGACUACAGAGAAUUUGCUGCUAUUCCGUCUUCCAAACCGGUGUAUGAGAUCCAGUCCCCUGACCUGACGCCAAACCUGAAAUGCUCAGAAGAUUCCAGAACAUCAGUUACCUGUAGCUUAGAGCACGUGGAGCCGCCGGAGGAGGAGCAUGGAGAAGAGCCCGCCCCCACCGCCAACACAUCAGCACUGGAGGAAAUGGCCACAUACAGCAACAAGCGCAAACUGCGGCACACUAGGCGGAGCUUGGAGACCGCCGUCCCCACAUAGAGCGGCCGCCAAGCGCUCGCCAAGCACUGUGAAUACUCCCACCAUGGACUGCACGCUGGGGGAGGGGCUAAUGGGACCCCCUUCCCGGAGCCGCCAGCUCUGCAAUGAGCCACACUAGCCACUGGCGGCUCCCAGAGACACACUGUGAGAAUGGGCCCCACGCGCUCAUCCAUUCCGUGGGAUCUGAUUGGUGGAGGGAAUCUGAUUAGCGCUUUCUUCCUCUUACUCUGGGUGGCGGAUUGGCUGCCUGUGUGCUGAACCAGCAGUACAGAACCAGCACCUCGGCAGGCAAGUGGUACCAGCAGCUUCUUUUCUACUGCGGGCAUCUGGGCUUUGGGGCGGCCAAUGUUGGUUGCCUGGGAAUGAUUGGGCGGGGCCCCCUGCUGCUCACAUACAGACAUAGCAUGGGGGGCGAGUAGUGACCCCGUUAUUGCCCCCCUCACCCCAAUGCACGCUUCUGGAUCAUACAUAUCAUUGCCCCCCCAUUUUAACUGCUUGAGAGAAUUGUGUCUUCCAAUGUUUUAAUUACCCCCCAUUUUACCCUUUUUAGCUGAGUGGGGCCACGGCGAGUGUGAGUGCCCUUUAGAGCCAUUUCUGCCUCCACUACACAUGAAGCAAAGGGGCAGCAGUGGCCCUGGGGCAAGUUUGUGAGUGAGUCUAUUUAUGAGUGGGUGUGUAUAUUUAUAGUGUGUGUGUCUGGGGGGGUCUCCUCCCUGUGCCUGAGGGGGCGCAGCGGUGCAGGAAAGUGACGGCAGGAUUGUGGCCACAGAACCCUAAAGCCCCCCAGUGUGGCCUUUAUCCAAUCGUAUGGAAGGGGCUCAGCCUGGAACCCAGUUUGCCCGCGGAGGGUGUGGCCUGUACACUACAGCUCCUUCUAUUGGCUAAGGGUCAUGCCAAUCAGUUCCAGCACCUUCUGUCCUUAUAUGUCUCUGGGGGCAGCAGACUCCCAGAAAUCGGUGAGGGGGUGCCCUCCAUAUCUCAAGGGGGGGGGGGUAACACUGGGGGCAAAUCCAUCAAGUUUUAAUUAGUUACGUUGAUUUUAGAAGACUUUUAUCUGCAAAGUUGGCUUUUUCUAUAAAUUCUCAUUCUGUGAUUGUGACGCCCCUGACUGCUUGCUCCUCCCCCAGCGCCGCAGGGGCUAUUGGCUGCCAGCGGGUUCUGACCCACGGCCAGUGCUUGGGGUGGUGCCAUCGUAGCCCCAAAACCACUGACAUCCGGCAAGUGCUUUGCCCCUCUGCCUUGUUGGCACUGUGUGCCAGGCUCUCCUUGCAUUAUGGGAAGGUUUCUCCUCUGCCUCUGGGCUUUUAUUCUGGGACGGCUGUAUCUCUGCCCCUCGGAACCAGAUUAUGGGUCUCUUUCAUUUUACAUUUUAUAAACGUCUCUGUGUGUC